CUACCGCCGCAUGAUGAAUCCUAACAAAUGAGUCAGCCUCGAUAUUACUAUUAUUGUUUUCAUAUAACUUUGAACAAUUGGCGAAUGAGAACAUUUGAAGAUGACAACUGUUUACAAACACUUUCCCCAUUGGAAUGGCAUAUGGAGAAGGCAUCCUUUCGAGCGAAACACAAUCAUUGGCAUUCAACAUAUUGACGGCCAAAGGAAGCUCAGGCAAAGAUCUAAUCCGUCUGCAAUUGCUCAGCACGAGCUUCUGCAGCUGAGUUAGCAACUUAAUGCUGGAAGGUAAAGCCUCAAGCUUUGAGCACCCUGAGAUAGAAAGGGUUUUCAAAGAUUUCAUCUUCCCAAUGUUACUUGGAAGAUACUUGAGCCUUUUACAACGGUUCAUCCCCCAAAAGUUGAGUCUCGAAAGACUCUCGAUCGAUUCAGGAAGCUUGCGUAUGGCAGUCGAGUUUAAGCUCAGAUGUUCUAAGCUCCAUGGAAUGUCUUGCAGGACAACAAGCUCUCUUAGGAACUUGAUGGAUGAUGGAACUCUAACCAGCCUUGAACAGCCUUCGAGGUUCAAACUCUGCAGAUUUGGUGCUGAUGAGAGGUUCGGGAAGCUGGUUAGAUAACGGGAAUU